UUGACUUUUGGGCUGCAGAAAUAUACUGUAAUAGUUUGACAAGUUUUAAAGCCUGACAAAUGAAUCCCCUCCCCCAGCUGAUUCAAUUACAUCAUGGAUGAAGUAUCUGGCAGAGCACGUCUGCUAAAACUGGGUGGAUGCUUGCAAAGUUGUGUGGAAGACAUGUAAGAUACAAAUCGAUUCACAAUCUUGUUUGUAUUCUCUGCUUUUGACUUUGCGCUAUUGCCAAGAAAGCUGCCGGACCUUUGCAUUGCAACUGCAAUCUUAUUCCUCCGGAAAUCCAUGGAAAUUCCCCACGACAAAAAUCUGGCCCCAUCUGCUCUGUUUGCAGGCACAGCUGCAUCAUGCAUCAGUUACCACUGGCUGCUUGCCUGCUGUCUCUGUUCUCUGUGUUGACUGUAGACUCAUCCAAGAAGGGACGCAACUUCACCAUCCAUUCAUCACAGCUUAGCUGCAGUUUGCCAGGCCCUCAGGGCCCCCCAAGGAGUCCAGGUGCAGCAGGUCCCAGCGGUAACGUAGGCAAGAUGGGGAUGCCAGGUAUUGAUGGCCAGGAUGGGAAGGAUGGUGACAAGGGACAGAAGGGCGAGAAAGGGGAACAAGGCCGUCCUGGGAAUCCUGGAAAACAUGGUCCACAAGGACGUCCAGGGAUUAUUGGGAAGGCAGGGCUGAGGGGGCUUAAGGGGGUGCGAGGGGCACCAGGUGUGUUGGGAGUCUCUGGGAUUAAAGGAGAGGUUGGAGAUACGGGGGAAACCGGCGCCGCUGGAGGCUGUGACUGUGGAGCAGAGGCUCGAUCUGCUUUCUCAGUAGCAGUAACCAAGAGCUAUCCCAAAGAACGUACACCCAUUCGCUUUAACCGGAUUUUAAUGAAUGAGGGCGGUCAUUACAACGCCACCAGUGGCAAGUUUAACUGUGUGAUUCCUGGUGUGUAUUACUUCACAUAUGACAUCACGCUGGCUAACAAACAUCUGGCGAUCGGACUUGUCCACAACGGCCAGUACAAGAUCAAAACAUUUGACGCCAACACAGGAAAUUAUGAUGUGGCCUCAGGAUCAACAAUCCUUAGACUGCAAAAAGGAGAUCAGGUCUGGCUUCAGAUCUUUUAUUCAGAACAAAAUGGACUGUUCUUUGAUCCGUUCUGGACUGACAGCCUUUUCACAGGAUUCCUAAUUUUUGCUGAUCAGCCUGCUCCAAAUGAGGCAAAUAUGAUGACUAAUUCUGGAUCAUCCUGAUUGAACUGUAUAUAUAUAUAUAGUUUUAAUAAAUGCUAAUAUUAUUAAAAAUAUUAUAAUCUCACUAUAAAUGAAAAAAAUAAUCAGAAUUAAUAUCAAAAAUAGCAAAGAUAAAAAACAUUUUCACUCUUACACUUUUUUUUUUGAUCAGGCUGCCCCAAAUUAGGUGAUUAUGAAGACCAGCUCUGGAACAUCCUGAUUAAACUUGUUAUUUGUUCCAUAUUUUAUCAAACAGACCCCAGUAGAUCCACCACAUCAGUAACAGAGCAAAAAAUGGAUGAGUACAAUAAAUCAUU